GGAGAGGCUAUCACGAUAACGAAACCAUGGUGUUGCAGUCCGUGCUCGAUGACCGCAUUUCCGCUGACAGCCUGCGCGUCCAUGCAGCGGGGAUGCACGCAUGACGGCCCCUCAAAAACUUCAAUACACACUCUCGCGCCAUGGACCCCCUCCUGUCUGUCGCAGACGACGCCAUUGCGAAUUCGCGAACGCCGACGCCUCCCCCGUCAACCCCUCCUGGGCGCCUCUGGGCGAUCGCCGAUAUCCACCUCUCGUUCAAGGGCAACCGCAAGGCCCUCGAGAAGCUGCAGCCUCGGCUGAACGAUGGCCUUAUUUUGUGCGGCGAUGUAGGCGAGAGCGCAGACCACUGCAGACAGGCCUUUGAAAAGGCGACGGCGUGCUUCCGGCGCGUCUUCUGGGUUCCUGGGAAUCACGAGCUGUACACUCUGCCUUCCCAGAAAGUUCAAGGCGCGCGCGGCGAGAAGAAGUAUAUGGAGUGCGUGGAUAUUGCCCGCGAGUAUGGCGUCUGGACACCCGAGGACGAGUACACAUUAUGGGAGGGUGAGGGAGGGCCGGCGCUAAUUGCGCCCAUCUUCACUCUAUACGACUACAGUUUUCGGCCGAAGGAUGUGGAGCUGAAAGAUGCGCUGGCAUGGGCAAGGGAGGAGGACAUUGAGGCGACCGACGAGCAUCUUCUGCAUCCAGAUCCAUAUCCCUCACGCAUCGCAUGGUGCCAUGCUCUGGUCGAGCAGACAGAGAAGAAGCUCGAGGCUGCAGUAGCUGCGCAUCCAGAUACACCACUCAUCAUCAUCAACCAUUGGCCGCUGCGCGAGGAUCUUGUCAAGCUGUUCCGUAUACCACGCUUCUCCUUGUGGUGCGGCACCAAGAAGACCGAAGACUGGCACAACAGGUUCAACGCAAAGGUUGUGGUCAGCGGACACUUGCACAUUCGGCGGACGGACUAUAUUGACGACACGAGGUUUGAGGAGGUUUCUCUAGGGUAUCCCCGACAGUGGCAGCACUGCCAGGAACACGGGCUGGACAUCAAUGACAUUUUGCGCGAGAUACUGCCUGGGCCGACACUACCGGAGGGCAAUAGGGAGACGAUAUGGAGACGAUACGGCUAAAUAUCCGGACCACGACUGAUGAACACGACCCAACACUGAGCAGCGCACGAUGUAGUGUGGUAUCGGUCCACCAUACUAUU